AGAACAUAAAUAUAUUUGUUUCCUUUUCUACAAAAAUCAUUCUUGGCCUUCAGAAAAGACUUUGAUGAUAACUUUAUUAUUUAUGUCAGAGACGGAUUGUUAGGUUUCCAAGUUUGUGGUGAAAAUUUGUUAGUAAUAAGGAUAAACAUUGGUAGAUGUGCAAUUUUAAAGAAUCAUUUAUGUAUUAAACAUUUACCAAAUUAUUUUACUUUUACGACUUAACAAAUGGUUUGCAUAAUUUUCUUUACAGUCAAAUUAACUUUACGUGCCAUUGAAUAACAUGUGGAUUCGUAUGAUAUGAUGAUAUAUUGUAUUACUAUACACAGAUAUAUAAACGUAUACAUAUAUGUAUAUCUCUUUUUUUGUUCCGAUAAAAAGACCAUAAUGUAUUAGUGUCGUUUAGAGUUGAAUAGUUGUCAAGAAAUCAAGUUGCAGCAACCAGUACACAAGCAACAAAUAUUGGAUCCAUUAUUAAUCUUGCAGUUUUCAUUGCGUAUACGCAUUAUCAUCAUUAUCUGUUUCCAUACAACAAAGAAAGAAAAUUUAAAAUUCACCUGUUGCUAUAGUGACACUGAGAAUUCAACUGCGAAUUUAUUAAGAUUGAAGCAAGGUGCGGCAUAUAAUACCAAAAAAAAGAGGUUUCAAAGAGGAACCUAGUGUAAAAGUUAAUUAUCUUAUAAAAAAAUGUCAUUUCUUUCAAAUUUGAAAGACAAAUUUGAAAAUGUACUUACUGUAGACGCUACGCCAACGACCCCUCGAACGCCUGCUGAAGAUGAUCUUCUUGAUCUAUUUGAUAUAAAUGGAUCUCCACUCUCAAAAAUUUCUGGAAGUGGAUCAUCUGUUUUCACACCAACUACAGAACAGUCUCGACAAUCUGCAUGUGAAUUUGAAGCGACCUCGGAUAUUAAAUUUCCGUGUGGUAAAGGCAAAUAUCCGGAAGAUGACGUGAACACCGAUUCCGGACAAGAGAAAAAAAACAAUGGGUAUAAAAAGAAACAUAAAUCAAGAGCGAAAAAUCAGAGUGGUGUAAAUUACAACAUAAUUAAUUCAAGUGAUGUAAGAAUAUGUCCGAAAACGAGUUUCAUUUGUAAUAUAAAUCAACAUAUAAACGCAACAAGCAGUUUUUCACAAAAAUCAAAAGCAGUAAAGUCAAUGCCAAUUAGUAUAAGAGAUCUCAGUGAAUGUCAAGAAGAAAUCUCCCAAAAAGAUAUACUUUUAAUAAAAGAGCAUUUGGGGUCUGGCUGGAGAGACGUUGCAAAAAAAUUAAAUUAUUCUGAUGGGCAACUUGAACAAUUUCAAGAGAAUUUCAGUAGUAGAGGUUUAGAUGAGAUUAUCUAUCAAUUUCUAUUGGACUGGAAACGAGCAAAUUCAAAGGAUGCAAAAUUAGGAAUUCUUGUUAUUGCAAUGUGGUCAAGUCAUCAGUACGAAUGCGUUAAGGAAAUUGAAAAAAGUCGCAGAAAAUCCUCCAAAGUGUUUUGAUGAAAAAGCGUUUGAGUUGGGACUGGAGAAAUCAUUGUCACUCUCUCAUUGCUUCUUUUAUAUGCUCAAAAUACUCUAUCGAUAUAGAGACUGCCUCCGUUAUUAGUGUCAAUGUAAAUAUCAUUGAUUGCGGAUUAAUCAUCAUCAUAAAAUAAAUAAGAGAAUAACUUGAACUUCUCUGUCACUCUCAAUGAUUAAAUUCUGGAAAUUACGUUUACUUUUGCUUAAAUGAAUUAGUUAAGGGAUAAAUAUAUGUAAAUAAUAUAGUUUAUUACUCGAGGUUAAUUUAUAGAGUUUACUGUUAAAUGUUAUGUUGUGAUGAAUACAUGUUUGCUCUUUAUGUAUUUGAAAUAGAUUUAAUAACAAAAACAUUUUGUAAAAUAUAAUAAAUAAAAAGAAUUUGUUUUUCA